UUUGGAAUAAAAGAGGUCUGACACACUUUGGCUGGACCAUGGCGCGGCAAAUCAUCUCUGUGUUUUUUUUCACUCUGUUUUUCCCAAAAGCGCUGACACUGAUGUGUGUCAGCUGUGACAUGCCAUCUUUAAAUUGCUCCAAAAAAACCUGCAGUUCAGGCUUCCAGUGCAUCUCCAUUAUCAAAAACAAUGUUAUUGACACGAUGGAUUGCGCAAAAGGCACUUCUGGUAAUUGGACUGUGGAUUUUGGAUGGCUCAGAUUGAAAGUUUGUUCGUCAGAUCUGUGCAACAAUGCUACAGACUCAAAUAAUGGAAAGAGUUGCUACACCUGCAGUGGCACAGACUGCUCUCAGACAAUAUCUUGUAAAGGCGAUGAGACGCAGUGCAUCACUGCAACAGGUGCCAACAACGCCACUUUUAAAGGAUGUGCAAGCCAAAAUGUCUGCGAUAACACUGCUCUAGCGGAAUAUGCCAUACACCAGUAUGGCUAUGCAAACACUAGUUUGUCAUGUUGUAAUGGAAACCUGUGUAAUAACGGGCAAAUUCUGAGGCAAGGAGCUGUGCUGCUGCUCCUACCAGUGCUUUCCCUCCUUUUCUCCAUCUGAGAUCUAUUUUUAGGAGGUUUUUAUGGGUUUGUUAUAAUUUAAAUGCUUUUCUUUAAAUGUAAAACACUGAACAAUUUUUUUUUUAGUAAAUGGAAAUGUUUUAAAUGACUAAAGAAUAAGUGUACUUUGGUGGAUCUAGUCAUUUAAAAAUAAGAUAGUAUGUAUAAUACAUAGCUAUAAAAACAUUUACAUAUAUUUAUAGGCAUACUUUAGGUGAAACAAAAUAAUAGUUGACUCUUAAUUAUAAUUUAAUUAAUUUAAAUUUUUUCUUUUUUUUUGUUAUACAUAAACUAUGUUGCCAAAUGUUUUGGGACACCUGCAUAUGCACUUUGACAUCCCAAUCUUAUUCAGUAGGGUUUAAUAUGGAUUAGGCCCAAAUUUUGCAGUUGCAAACUGGCUUCAACUCAUCUGGAAAUGGUUCCAACAAGGUUUAAGAGUGAAUGUUUAUGGGUAUUGGAAUUUUGAACAUUCUUCUUGAAUAGAAUAGUUGAGGUCAGGACUCUGUGCAGGCCGGUAAAUUUUCUGGACACCAAACUUGCUCAUCCAUUUUCGCUCAUUCAUCAAUCAUCCUUUGCUUUGUGCACUGAUGUGCAGUCAUGUUGGAAUGGGAAAUGGUCAUCCUCAAACUGUUCUCACAAAGUCGGGAGCAUGAAAAUAUACAGAAUGUCUUGGUAUGUUUAAAGAGUGCUUUUCAGUGGAGCUGAAGGGACAAGCCCAUCCUUUGAAAAACAACCUUACACCAUAAUCCUCCUCCGAUGCAAUCCGAAAAACACCGUUCUCAUGGCAAACACCAAACCCAGACUUUUCCAUUGGAUCACCAGACAGAGAAGAGUGGUUUGUCACUCCAGAGAGCGUUUACUCUGCUCUAGAGUCCAUUGGUGGCAUACUUUACACCAGUGUUUCUCAACCAUGUUCCUGGAGGACCACCAGCUCUGCACAUUUUCCAUGUCUCCUUAACCAAACACACCUGAUUCAGAUCACCAGCUCAUUAGCAGAGACUGAAAGACCUGUAAUGGGUGUAACAGACAAAGGAGACAUCCAAAACAUGGUGUUGGUGGUCCUCCAGGAACGUGGUUGAGAAACACUGCUUUAGACCAUUGCAUCUGAUGUUUUGCAUAGCACUUAGUGAUGUAAGGCUUAGGUCUAGCGGCUUACAGUGGAAACCUAUUUAAUUAAUCUUUUUACACCUGUUUUUUAGCUCACCUGAAGGCCACAAAGUUUGGAGGUCUGUUGGAAUUGACUUUGUAGAAAGCAUGCGCGGACCCUGCUCAGUUUUUUAAAAUUCCAAUUCACACCAUGCAGAUGAAUGCCAACAAACAAAUUGGUCAGUAUUUGUUGAAACUGUGUUACCUCUGUCAGCAUUUUCAUUAAUUAAUUAAUUAAUUAACAUGCUUCAUUUUAUACACAUCUGGACAUGGAAGGGAUUGCAACAUGGAUUCAAUGAUUUGAAAAGGUGUCCCAAAGUGGUUGGCAAUUAGUGUAUGUUUUAGAAAUAUAUUGUUUUGUAGCUCCGUAAAAAAAUCAUGUUCAUAUCUUUUGGUCACACGUUAUAGUAAUGUACAAUUCAUGCUAUUGAUAAACCAAUAACUAAGACUGUUAGCUUUAUACACUACUAAUUAGCUGCUUAUUAAGAGGUAAGAUGGAAUAGUUGGGUUUGGGUGUUGGGUAGGAUUAGGAAUCAUACUUUAUGAGUAGAACUACUAAUAAACAGCUAAUUUUAUAAUAACAGACAGGUUGUAGUUGUGUGAAUUGUUACUUAUAAUAUCCUUUUUGCAAUAAACAUGUUGCGUGAUGUUG